ACACGCGGGCACGCGCACUUGUUCUCCUGCUCUUCGUAGUGUGCCCAAGCUUUUCCUCAAGCAGCCGAGUCAUUGCCGCGUUUUGUGUCCGUACAACCCGGUAACAUGGCGGACCCGCGCGUCAGGCAGAUCAAGAUCAAGACUGGGGUGGUGAAGAGAUUGGCCAAAGAAAAGGUCAUGUAUCAAAAGGAAGCAAUACAACAGGAAGAAAAAAUAGAGAAAAUGAAGAGUGAAGGCGGAGAUGAAUAUGUCAUUAAGAAACAGAUUGAGGUAUUGCAAGAAUCCCGCAUGAUGGUCCCAGACUGCCACCGCAGAUUAGAGGCAGCGCAUACAGAUCUCACGCAGCUCUUGGAGAAUGAAAAAGACUUGGAAGAGGCUGAGGAAUAUAAAGACGCGCGUUCCGUACUGGAAUCAGUGAAGUUGGAAGACUAAAUACAACCAAGCCUUCUUUUUCUUUUCUUUUUUUUUUAAUGCCUUUACGAUUUACCCGCGUUUCCGUGGAAGCUCUGUAUGAUUCCAAGAGUUCAGAAAAUAAAAUAAUACAUACCUUGA